GUUGGCCGGAAGUGAGGCUGUGAAGCACGGGUUGCUGCAGGAGCGUUCGUGUCGCCGCAACUCGCGGGGUCCCGGGUUUGUUGUUGCGGCGCCCACCUUCAAGAGGAUCAGUAUCUGGCACCAAUUCUGACCCAGUCAUUUGUGAUCCCUGGCUCUUGUGAAAUGCCGAAGAUUUCCAGGCAGUUUUUGUGGAACACCUCCACAUCCAGCUCUAAAUCAAGCACCAUGUAAACAAGAAAUUGCCUGGUCAAACCUGUGAGGACUGUAUUCUGACUGCCAAAAAGAUAACUUCUGACACCAGAAUGGCAGCUACUCCCAAGUUGUUAAAACUUUUAGGACACCGAGCAUUUCGCAGUCCAUUUGCCUCCUGUGCAGCCCGAAGUGUGGCAUAUUGGAAUGUGAGCAGCACACAGCAUGGGGGCUGGCACCCUCCAGAGCACACAAGCCUCUGCCAUUCCUUCUCUUCGUGGAAUGUCCUCACAACCAGUAGUGCCCACCGAGGUUUGGAAUUCAGCAAGGCUUCUUCCUCUGAGGCCAGCACAUUGCAGCUGGGCUCACUCAGGACCACGAGAGUUGUUGAAGAGGAUGUAGAAGCUUUUGAUUCCUUCGAAGACACCCGAGUUUUUCUUGAGCUAAGACCAGAAUACCGUCUUCACAGCUAUAAAUCCGAGACUUGUCAGCCCCUGUCUGUUUCAGAAGGUGAACUAAUUUUGCACAAAGUUACAGUUUAUCAAGAUCAUCUCCAGGCUCAAGUCAUUGCUGAUUAUUUGUGUAAGCUGAGCUCUUUGCCUCCAGAGCAGCAUUCUAUCUUGCUGGGCAGUACCAGGUUUGCUCUGCUCUGCCAGCUGAGUGUGAAGAAGAUAGAGCUCUUUGAUACCCAAGAUCUCAUCAAUAUUUUGAAAGCUUUUGUAAUUUUAGGAAUCCCUCAUUCCCAUCCAAUGCUAUAUGUAUAUGAGACCCAAUGUUGCCAUCAGGUAUGGAAUAUGAGUAUGGAUCAGCUGCUUUUGGUGGCUGAUCUCUGGAGGCACUUAGGCCGCAAAGUACCUCGGUUUUUAAAAAUUUUUUUAAGUUAUCUUAAUUUGCACUGGAAAGAUAUAUCCUUGUCCCAGCUAGUUCACUUAAUUUAUGUUAUAGGUGAAAAUCGUCAGGUAUCCCAGGACGUAAUGCAAAAAUUGGAAUCAUUGAUCUUUAAAUAUAUAGAUUUGCUCAAUUUAGAGGAGAUUGGUACCAUCUGUUUGGGGUUCUUUAAAUCGAGUACUAGUCUCUCUGAAUUUGUCAUGCGGAAAUUUGGAGACUUGGCUUGUGCUGACAUGCAGCAUUUGAGUAGUCACGCCUUAGUGAAUAUUCUUAAAAUGUUCCGUUUCACUCACGUGGAUCACAUCAAUUUCAUGAAGCAGUUUGGAGAGAUUGCUCCUCAGCGAAUUCCUUCCCUGGGAGUUCAGGGUGUCAUGCACCUGACUCUUGCCUGCUCGGCCUUACGCUUCCUGGAUGAAGGAGUACUGAAUGCAGUGGCUGCGUCUUUGCCUCCUAGGGUGGUACACUGUCGAAGUAAAGAUGUUGCCAAGAUACUGUGGUCAUUUGGAACUCUGAAUUAUAAGCCACCCAAUGCAGAAGAAUUUUACUCUAGCCUGAUAAAUGAGAUUCACAGAAAGAUGCCUGAAUUCAGCCAGUUCCCAGAACACCUGAUCACCUGCCUGCUGGGCCUGGCAUUUUCGGAGUACUUUCCAAUAGAGUUCAUUGAUUAUGCCCUCAGUCCAGGGUUUGUCAGGUUAUCUCAGGAAAGAACUAAGUUUGACCUCCUUAAGGAACUGUGUACUCUCGAUGGUACAGUAGGCAUUGAGUGUCCAGAUUACAGAGGCAAUCGUCUUAGUGCUCACCUUCAGCAAGAGGGGUCUGAAUUGCUGUGGAAUUUAGCAAGAAAGGAUAUGAAUUCAAAGCCUGAAUUCUUAGAAACUCUCUCUUUACUUGACACCAUGUUGGGGGGGCCCCAGUACCUCAAGCACCAUAUGAUUUUGCCUCAUACCCGAUCUUCUGACAUAGAGGUCCAGCUUGAUGUUAACCUGAAGCCAUUACCAUUUAAUAGAGAAGCCAUACCAGGUGAAAAUGUAACCAAAUUAAGGCUUAAGCAUGUGGCAGUCAGACUUACAGAUGAUUUGAUGAGUCAGUUACUAAAAGGGAAAGCAAGAGGACAUUUCCAGGGCAAAACUGAGUCGGAGCCUGGGCAGCAGCCCAUGGAGUUAGAGGAUAAGACAGCUGUACUUUUGGGGGGCUCCCUUUGUAAUGUAGCAGAUAAACCAGGGGCCAUGGAGAUUGCUGGCCUAUGCCCCCCAGCCUGCAUGCAAACCCCAAGAGUGAAGCUGGCUAUUCAGUUUACAAACAGGAAUCAAUACUCCUAUGGCUCCAGGAAUCUCCUUGGACUGCACAACAUGAAGAGGCGGCAGCUGGUUCGGCUUGGCUACCGUGUGGUAGAAUUAUCCUACUGGGAAUGGUUCCCAAUACUGAAACGAACUCGCUUAGAAAAGUUGGCAUUUCUCCAUGAAAAAGUAUUCACCUCUGCUCUCUGAAGGGCAUUUAGGGGCAUUUCUAUGGCAAAGCUGCAGGUGUACACUGUACCAGGUGUUGCACAAUGAUUAUAAAAGCCAGAAUGUAAGUUUGGCAAUAAAAUAGUCUAUUGAGAAGACUUAGCUGUGUCCAAGGCAGAUUAGAGCCAGUGUAUGUUGCUGUGAAUUGUAAUCUAGUUAGAUUAUACAAAUUGUUGCAAAUUUGUACAUGUUACUCUUAGUAAGUAAUAAACAUCUUAAUAUGUCCUAUGGUCAA